AUGUUACAAGAUGAAAGUGAUAAAAACAAGUUCAAAUGUAGACUUAAAGAAAAUAUAAGUGGUUUGGAUGAAUUAUGUAUGAAGGAGUUAGACUUGGAGAAUAUAUGGCAAAAUGUAAAGAAAGGUUUAGUGGAUGCAGCUACCGAAGUAUGUGGUGUUAGUAAGAGAAAGAAUGAAAGGAAAAAUAAUACGUUAUGCUGGGAUGAUGAGAUAUGUAUGGAAGUUGAAGCAAAGAAGAGAGAAUGGCUAGAUUUACUAGCAACAAAGGCUGCUAAUUCUAGUGGUACGAAUGGUGAUAUUGAAAGAAAAAAGGUAGUCUUUAGACAUCUUAAUAAGAGAGUAAAAAAAGUAGUUGAAAGAAAAAAGCAAGAAAGAACGGAUAAGAAUUAUAGAAGAAUAUCGGAUAACUUCCAGGCAAAUAUUAAAAUGUUCUGGAAACUUGUAAGAACUGCCAGGGGACAUUCAAAACAGCCUAUGAUGAAUGCUAUAAGAGACGAGAAUGGCUAUAUUCUGAAUGAUGAAGUUUUGAGUUUAAAGAGAUGGAAGGAAUAUUUUGAAAGCGUGUUUAUGAGUGAGGAGACAACGUGUGUACUAAGUGAAGUAGAAACACCGAAAGAAGAAUAA